GCACACACGAGGUAGAAUCAAGUGCCCCCUCCUCCAUCUGUAUUGCCGUGUGUGUAGGUAGGGCUAGCGCUCGUAGGUUGCGGCUCCGGAGCCCCCCUCCCCUCUCUACCUGAUGCCUCUUGACCUUCCCUCCAGCCCGCAGGGAUUUUAGUGAUAAAGAGAGCGCUCCCCCCCGGAAGCAUCCAGAUUUCACUCCAAUUCCUCAGCAUUGAGGCCGUCUCGCUUGCUCCUCCAGGCAUCGUUAUACGCUACCUUCCCCUCACUGCUCACUGGUCGUCGGCCCGUCGCUCUCUUUGAAUUCAGGAGGACAUACUUUGACUCCAUCUGGAUAAUUUCCGCGAUUGCUCCGGCUCUAAAAAUUUCUGGGCCUCGGCAUACGUUGAAGGAAUAAUACAAACUGUUUGUCUGCCUUUUAGCUGCUUGAACGGCAGCUUCGAUAGCCGAGAUGGAAAACCUCAGUGCAACCGCGCGCGUCUUGGGGUCCACUGCUCCCGGAGGCAGUCUGUUUGAUAUCACCGCUAUUCCAGGGUUUGAUGUGGUACAGAAGCUUUUCCUCAAGCUCGGGAUGGAUACAAGUUUGUUAGGCAAGUUUACCUUUCACUUUAUUCCCAGGUCUUUGACGAUUUCAUUUCUUCACGUUCCCUCCAUAUCACUGGGCUAUCGUUCGGUGUGGCUUUUGGCUCUAUGAUACCUUUUUUUCCCGGGGAUCCUCACCCUUGGGUAGCUGUGCGGAGUUCCCCGCUGCCUGAACUCGUGUGGUUGGAGUGAGGUCCACUGCUACACUCGCUGGUUGGCCAAAGCUUUACCUACUUGUAGCCUUUAGCUGCUUACUCAGGGGAUUGAGGCUGUGGAGCCGUUCCCACGCUUGCCUCUGCCCCCCCAAUGGUUGGCUGGCUUUGUGUCUUAGUUGCUCUGAUUGUCUCACACCGUAUUUCUUUCUCGUUUUUGAUAAUCUUAUUUCUAAUUUGUCUCUUACCCGCUACAGUCACUCUGGGAAUGUCACUCACCCUCCUGACGUCUCUUUUUUCCUUUUUUACGUACUCCAUCUCUUCCCUGACGACCCUCACCCGUUUCAUAUCAGCCAACCUGGUUUCUUCGGCAACCAUCCACUCAUCAGAUGUAACCUAUCUGUAUGUCAUGCGUUGGCUGGCAGUCAAUCGUAUUUCUACAGAUUGCCGGCUUUUCUGUGUCACUAGUAGGAAGAACCCCAUGAGCCACGCUGUUCGAAGGUACAGCUCGUACGGUCCGUUUGGGGACGGCGCGAGCAGAAAUGAGGACGACGACGACGAGGAAGUUGAUGGUGGUGACGAAGGCGGUGGAAGUGCGGAAGAGGAUAGACUGGGCCCAAAGCUCAAGUAUACACCUGCUCCCGGUACGUGAAAUGAUCUUCUUUACUUUUCCUACAAGCGUUAUUUCCCACCCCUCUCCUGGAAAUGCUGUCAGCCCGACCAAGGCGUUGUGCACACUAUUCGCUUGGAUUAGUGAUGCGACUUGGGCAAACAAUUCCCCUCUAGUGCAGAUCAUAUGCUCAAAUCAUGUUACUUCUCCUUUCCACCUUUCUUUUCCAUUCCUAGCUGGGGCGUUUUCCUACUCGUCGCGGGCAAGAAGUAUCCGAACACAGGGGUUAGAAAAAUAUAUUGCCAAUAAUCCGUGCGUAUCUGUGCAGGCAAGCAAAAUUAUGCCCUCAAUGUUAGGGUGCUUCUUGCCCAGGACGAGUACUAUUGUAGCGUUGGUGCCGUAACCGGGGUUCCGGAGAGAUGUCAUGAGACGAUUGCGGUCUUAGUCUACUCUGCACUACAUUUCUUCUCCCCCUGUUCUCCCCACCUGGCGACCCCCAUCCCCUCCCUUCCGCUCAGCUGAGUUAUCUAUCAGAAAAUGCUGCUAUGUACAAGUACUGCCAUCAAGAGCAUGGAUGGUCAAUUUGGCCCCGGCAAUGCUAUGUGGGGCCGAUGUUGUAUUUGUUUUCUUUCUGCCUGAACUCGGUUUAUCUCUGGAAAGAAAAAAAAGAAAAAAAAAACGGAUUAAUAUUUUGCUAACGGAAUGUCUAUAGGGUUUCUCCACUUCUGGUACAAGAGAAAUUUAAUCAUCAUUAAUCGUAAAUUGGAUCUGUCGUACUACACGGGCGAUAUUCCAGAUGAAACCAUGGUAAGUAAUUAUCAUCCCGCGCUUUCGUAUUCUCUUGUUCAGCUCAUUAAUAUGUUUGACAGGUGUUGACCACCAUCGGUCGUUCGCCAACCCUCCUUCGCGAGCUUCUCGCGGAAGCGCGGAAGGAGUACCUCCAGGCACAGUCAAGGAAGACCAUGGUAUAUACACUUUCGCCUACCCCGUUCGCUCAGAAGAACUGGGACCAAGGCCGCCAUCGACCCUCCCGGGAUAUCUCUACUGUCAUCAUGCCUCAGGGCUCUAAAUCUCAUCUCCUUCGCGAUGUUAAAGAGUAUUUGAACCCGGUAACUGCUCGCUGGUAUGCUCAACGCGGUUUGCCGUACCGCCGUGGGUAUUUGUUCUAUGGGCCUCCUGGUACUGGGAAAACAAGUUUGAGCCUCGCUCUUGCUGGGGAACUCAAAGUUCCCCUUUAUAUCUUGAGUUUGUCUACCGGAAGUCUUACGGAUGAGACACUUACCAUGCUCUUCGUUGGCCUACCGCGGAAAUGCAUUGUUCUUUUGGAGGACAUUGACUGUGCUGGUGUGCAACGCACUAGCAGACAGGACCUAGCCGAGGAUUCCGAUUGGGACCCCUCGGAGGACGAGGAGGCUAACUCUGAUGACGAGUCACGAACCUCGAAGAGCAAGGCAAAGGACGGAAAGGACAAGAAAUCUAAUAGAUCUGGAGGCGACAAUUCCCUUCCACCGGCUCCCUCAAGGCAACCAAGAAUGUCUGUUAGUUUUUCAGGGCUCUUGAACGCAAUUGAUGGUGUUGCAAGUCACGAAGGGAGGAUUUUGAUCAUGACUACCAACCACAGAGAGCGGCUUGACCCAGCCCUCAUUCGCCCAGGCAGAGUCGACAUGCAAAUUGAAUUUGGCUACGCUUGCAAGGCUACAUUAGCAGAGAUAUUUAGGGAGCUUUACUCUAGCGUUGAUGGGAUCGAUUCGGCAACUGUUGAAGAGGAGGAGGAAGUCUUUGGCGGGGAGGACGAGCCAUUGCUGUCGCCAACAGAGGAGGGCAGUGGGGCAAGAGAGGAACAGUACAGGUCGACCAUUCACCAGCUUUCUGAGAAAUUCGCGGAGAUGAUACCGGAAAACAAGUUCACCCCAGCGGAGAUCCAAGGGUUUCUUAUGUCCUACAAGCGAGCGCCUAGAUUUGCUUUGGAACAGCUCCCUGCGUGGCUGGAUGGUAAGAUUGCCGCAACGACUGAUUCCAAGGGCGGUUGUGGGUCUAGAGCCAAAGGUGAUAGGAAAAAGGUCGCAAAGAAUGUUGCUAAAGCCAAUGAGGUCGAGGGGAAUGGGCCACUCUCUGUUACCGUCAAUAGCGUCCCAUCUGUUGCUCCACCCAGACACAUGGGGUUCCAGGGCAUGGUCUCAGAAGGCAGCGGCUUGCAGACAGACAAACAGAAUUUGGAUAUCGAGAUGGUGUUAAAGACAUUCUUUGCACAAAUACUAAGGGCUGCUGCAAAGCUGAAUAUCGGUGACGGAAACGAGAUCGCGAAAACAAGUAUCACCAACCCUGCAGCUGCCGAGAAGCCCCAAUCUAGCGACGCCACAGGGGAUACCGCCAAGUCCCCUCCAAUACCCGAGGGCAAAAAGGAUGGAUCGAAAUCGAAAGGGCUCGUAAAUGGUAUGGCCAAUGAUGUGGUGAACGGCCCAGUGAAUGGGGUGACGGAUAGUGUGGAUGGUGUGGGUAAUGGGGAGAUAUCGAGGGUGGAGUAGCACAGUUUCGAUCUUUCAUGAACUAUGGCGCAGUUAUAACCAAACUUAGUAUAAUUUCCUGGGAUUACGGGCGGCGUCUGGGUUUUUUUAUUUGUUUCUUUCACCAAAAACAAAUAAACAAACAAACAAGAGUCUGUGGGACGAGGCUCUUGGUCAUUAUCGUUCUAUAUCGAGGCCACACUUAAGAACUGAGUUGGCUAAAGCCAUUCGCACAUUUGUUCUUGUUUCACAUCCCUCCAUAUGGGAUUCUCGGACUUAAUUUUAGCUUGUGGCUCGCUACCCGAGUACCUAGUUUCUUUCGACUAGUUCUUGUGUAUAGAAAAAAAUGGUUUAUGUCCUUUCUCAUGUCUCCUUUCUUCCUCGUUUCUUCUUGCUCUACAACUUUCACUACCUCUAGCAUAAACCUCGGCGGUAACUGCAUCUAGAUUUAGGGUAGAUAACGAACCCCUAAUCCCAAGCAUGAUAAACCUGUUCUAUCGUAGUCCCGAGAACUUUACGUAAUAUUUGCUCAAGCGAGGCAUGGGUGAAAGUAAAUAUGCCCGGUACUUGUAUCGCGGC